AAAUGUCAACAAACAAUCCAAGGGAUCGACCACGCUGCAUGUAACGUGUCAAACACAAGUCUAAAACACUAUAAAAGAAAGAAGAAGAAGAAGAAGAAGUGUCAAACAUGUUCAAAAACAUAUUAGGGAAAGUACUAAAGUGUAGUGAGACACCAAUUCCUCGAUUUCUUUUACUUACAGACACAAGCGAAGUGUGUGGACGUGGUGUAUUAUGGUCAAUUAUGCAAUCACAUCUCCAUAAUAAUGCCAGCAUUAUUUAUCUGUCAACUGAACUGUCACCAGAACACAUAAAAAGCUCUUUGAAUGUUAAAGAAAGCAAUGGUAAAUUACAUUUCCAUGAUGCAACAGUUGACCCCUGUGGGUGGGACAAUGACCAACCAAAUGUAAAUGUAGCACAACCACUACAUAAUAUUAUGAACAGCAGUUAUGUUUAAAGGGCAGUGGGGGGUACAAAAGAAAUAGUGAUGGUUAUACCAGCCCGGGAAAAAGAUUGCUCAAUCAAACCCCAUUACAGCUCAUACGAAGCUUGCAUAUUCUUGCUUCAGAGGAACAUGUGCAACAGUUGAUAGUUUUGUCAGGAAGAGAUGUGUUACCAGAAAAUAUACUGUCUGCUGUCUGCCAUAUAGCCUCUGUUUUUUUAAAAAAAAUGCCCCCUUCCAAAACCCUUCUGUUUUAAGGUGGUAUUAAAGAAGCCCUCGGGAAAAGCCCCUUAAAAGGGCG